GAUUUGACGUAGAGCGUUUCGUCGUAUUGGCAUUUAUUUAUUGAAUAAAAAAGACUUUUUCAUUAUGACAGAAAAACGUAAAGAAGUAAGAGUAUGGUGUGAUGGAUGUUAUGACAUGGUACAUUUUGGCCACGCGAAUUCUUUACGUCAAGCAAAAGCAUUGGGUGAUUAUUUAGUUGUAGGUGUACAUACAGAUGAAGAAAUUACUAAACAUAAAGGGCCACCAGUAUUUAUGGAAAAAGAAAGAUAUAAAAUGGUUCGUGGUAUUAAGUGGGUAGAUGAAGUAGUUGAAGGAGCUCCUUAUGUUACGACUAUAGAAACAUUAGACAAAUACAAUUGUGAUUUUUGUGUUCAUGGUGAUGAUAUCACUAUGACAGCAAAUGGUAUAGACACGUAUCAUUUGGUUAAAGCAGCAGGUCGUUACAGAGAAGUUCAAAGAACAGCUGGAAUAUCAACAACUGAUUUAGUAGGACGUAUGCUUUUAAUGACAAGACAACAUUUUAAACAAGGAGAUAGUGAAUAUAGUGUCGAUAGAGAACCUAGUAAAAGUAUGGGUCAAGAUAGAACAGCUCGAAGUCCAUGGACAGGCUGUUCACAAUUUUUACCUACUACACAAAAAAUUAUUCAAUUUAGUGAUGGCAAAAGUCCACAACCUAAAGACAAAAUAGUUUAUGUAGCAGGAGCAUUUGAUCUUUUUCAUGUUGGUCAUUUAGACUUUUUAGAGGUUGCAAAGAAAGAAGGUGAUUAUCUUAUAGUUGGACUUCAUACAGAUCCAGUAGUUAAUCGGUAUAAACGUGGUAAUCAUCCAAUUAUGAAUCUUCAUGAAAGAGUACUUAGUGUACUGGCAUGCAAGUAUGUUAAUGAAGUAGUAAUUGGGGCACCAUAUGAAGUUACUCAAAAUCUUAUGGAACAUUUUGACGUAUCUGUUGUUUGUCAUGGUCAAACCCCUGUUAUGCCUUGUGAAGAUGAUUCAGAUCCAUAUGCUGAACCUAAAAGACAAAAUAAAUUUAAAUUGUUGGAUAGUGGCAAUGACAUGACAACAGAAAAAAUUGUUGAACGCAUAAUUCUUCACAGAUUAGAAUUUGAAGAUAGAAACUUAAAGAAAGAAAAGAAAGAAUUAGCAGCUUAUGAAGAAAACAGAAAGGGCUAAAUAAUUUACUCUGUAUACCCAGAGUGUGUGAUAUUUAUAUUUUAUGGAAUAUUUUUGUAAAUAUAUCACACAUAUGU